AGUCCCAGCAAAGAUGCAUUGUGAUCUUUGCACUGGUAUGCUGCUUUGCAAUUCUGGUUGCACUGAUAUUUUCGGCAGUGGAUAUUAUGGGAGAAGAUGAGGAUGGACUCUCAGAAAAGAACUGUCAAAAUAACUGUCGGUAAGAGGGUUGCUCUUGUGGAAAAUAUUCCUGAAGGGAUCAACUAUUCAGACAGUGCACCAUCCCAUUUGUCUCUUUUCCAAGGCUGGAUGAAUUUGCUUAAUAUGGCUGAAAAGUCUGUUGACAUAGUGUCUUCCCAGUGGGACCUCAAUCACAGUCAUCCAUCAGCAUGCCAGGGCCAACGUCUUUUUGAAAAAUUGCUAGAACUGGCAUCCCGAAAUAUUGAGAUAAAAUUAGUGAGUGAUAAACUGCCCAUGGAAUCAAAGGUAUUAAACGACUUGAAAACAAAGGGUGCCGAAGUGUUGUACAUGAACAUGUCAGCAUAUAAUGAAGGCCGGCUUCAGUCGUCUUUCUGGAUUGUUGAUAAACAGCAUGUGUACAUUGGAAGUGCAAGCCUAGACUGGAGAUCGUUGGGGCAGAUGAAGGAGCUCGGCAUCAUCGUGUACAACUGUAGCUGCCUCGUCCUGGAUUUACAAAGGAUAUUUGCCUUGUACAGUUCAUUAAAAUACAAGAAUAAAAUACCUCCUAGUUGGUCCAAGAGGCUAUAUGGAGUGUACGAUACACAAAAUAAACUGACCCUGCAGCUGAAUGAGACUAAGUCAGAGGCCUUUGUGUCGAAUUCACCUAAACUCUUCUGCCCAAAGGACAGAGUCCUGGAUAUUGAAGCUAUAUACAAUGUUAUUGAUGAUGCAAAGCAGUUUGUGUACAUAGCCGUCAUGGACUACUUGCCUAUCGUCAUUGACACAAAUGCUAAAAGAUACUGGCCAUAUUUAGAUGGGAAGAUACGAGAAGCUUUAGUUUUGCGAAGUAUUAAAGUACGUCUUCUCAUAAGUUUCUCAAGAGACACAGAUCCCCUUACAUUUAAUUUUGUUUCGUCUCUCAAAGCUAUUUGCACUGAAGUUCCCAGCUGUAGUUUGAAAGUU